GAAGGGAAAAUACAAAUGAUGUUAUCUCGUAUCUAUUAUCUUAUAUUUGUCGGACUGUUUGUACAGGACUUUACGCGUAAAUUUUUUUUUUCUGUAAUUUCGCUUGGAAGUGACUUGCGAUCCUCCCGUGGCGUAACUAUUUUUUGGUUCAAGGUUGGCUGCAGAACUCAUGGCUCGGUUUCAAAUACAAAAACAAUCCGUUAUUUCUUAGCAGUCGACGUUUCAUGUGCAUGUGGAGAGAAAUCUUAGGAAAGUAACUUCGUGUCGGAGUCGGAUCAUUCUUAGUGCGUGACUAUGAGGUCCAGCAAUGUUCGCAGUGUGUCGUUCACGUUUCACAAGAAUCCGAAUGAGGGUGGUGUGGAGCGAAAGCCGUCUGGGAAAGAGGCCUCGAGUGGGUCUUCUUCAAGGAAGAUACUUCAGACCUCAACGCGUCAACGUCUACAAGACCGUUUCGACCAAGAGUGUCCUUAUUCUUUGAGCCGUGACCAAAAUCAAUCCUCUCAUUCUCAGAAUAGGAGCAACCGCUCUAACCCCCGCAACUGGUCAGACUUCAAUAUUUCUCUGCCGUCUGUCCAGCCCAGGAGGAUGCUACGGUCUGGGGCAGACAAAAUUUCCAAAACAUUUGCCACCGUGCGGAAUUCUUUUGAUACAUUGUCUCAACGGUUCCGAACUUCGACUAGGCGCCGCUACCGCCUUGAAAAUGAAUCUCCUCAAACAGUGACACCCCGCACAAGGACCAGGUGUAUGUUGGGACGGACUCCAACAAAGCUCUAUAGUCCUUUUGGAAUUGAAACGCCGCAGAGUGAAUCAAAAUCUCUUUCUAACAAAGAGAACCAGUGUUGGGGAGGCAAGGUCCUCACACCACGACGAAGCCUGCGACAGAGGUCAAGUCCAUACAGCUCCAGUUGGAUGAGGGAGAAAGGAUCUUCAUCACCAUUCUGAACCAGUUUAUCAUUCAAUAAUGUGGUAACACAUGAAUGAUGUAUGAUAGCCGAUUGUAUCAGCAGUUAUUUCUACAGUUUUAUAUACCUUGUUCACUAUUUCAGUUUCCCUGGUUUCCUGUCUUUCUUACUUUUCUACCUUGUAGAAAGGUUUUAUUCCUGCUGUUGUUUCAUGAAGUUUUAUGGCUCCAAGCUCCAAUGCAUAAACACUUUGUUUAAUUUGAUGCAUAAUAUGUAGUUUUAAACAAUAAUAAUCUUGCCAUUGAGAUUUCUUUUUGAUAUUGUGUAACAGUGCAGAUUGAUCUGUGAUUUCCAUCCUGUGAUGUAUCAACACUACAUCUAUUUUCAAGUUGUGGAUAUCUUCUGAAGAAAAGGGUUUUGAUGAAUGAAGCAACAUAAACUUAUGUUCUUUCUAUUGAACUUUCCUCUGUCUCAUGUCAAAUUUAUACCAAUCUUUUAUGUGCUCCCAUGUAGAAAGUUACAUGAGGUUUUUUCAGACUGAGGUAACACUCUGGAUCUAAGAUCCUGGGGUGAAUCCCGAAUGAUCUUCUUAUAUUUUUAGUCUAAUUUUCAGGAUAAGGAACAUUUUACCUGAAAAGGUGGCUAAAUAUUGUGACUAACAGUAUUAUUUUGUAUGUGUGUCAUACCCUGUAAACAUACUACAUUUUACUUGUAAGCUUUAUUUAAUUUUAUAUUUUUCUUGUAAAAAUACUUUCGUGCUAUUAAGGUAUCUAGAGAAUGUCUUGUUCUGAUAUAUAAUUCUAUUCAUAGCACUUCUAUUUGCUGACAGCCUUAAACUGCCCUGUAACAUUGUAAUUGCGUGAAUUAAACAGUAUAAAAAGUG